AGGGAAACUACGGGAGGAUGGCCACUUUCCCUCCUCCUCCUCCUCACCGCAGGAAGGAGGAGAAAGGGAGGAGGAGCGCUCGGAGGUCUGACGCAGUGUGUACAGCUGCUGCCUCACUUCCACUCCCCGGAGGACGCACGGCGUCUCUGGAAGCUCGUCGCAAAUGCACCGCUCCUCCCGGACAGCGAGAGCCCCAGGACGGCUUCUGUGUACGGCGAUGUCGGCUGUAGCAAUCCGAGGCCAGGCAGAAGCCAUGGCCUCGGACUCGGGGUUAAAGCCGGAGCUGUAACCGCCGGAGGUCUGCUCUCAUUGUGAGCUUGGAGUGGCGCAGGAGAAGAGGAUGUCUCCGUGGCCGCAGGCAAUCCUCCCAUUCCUGCCACAACACUUGAUUAUUACCCGACACCAAGGGGCUGUUCUCUACCUUCUGACUGACGGGUUGCUGAUCGGAAGAGCGCUGAUUUUUGAAGGACUUCGUCCACCAUGCUGCCUGCUCAGGAACUAUGAGAACUCUUAAAGAAAACAACGAGGAGGAGGAGGAGGAGGAGGAGAAGGAGGGAUCUGGGCGCAGCGCCAUGGAGGAAAAGGAGAACAAUCUGAAAACGGCCAGGUUGUGGAGGGAUGCCGCGCUCCGCUCCAGGAAGCUCCGCACCAACAUCCGCCAGCUCACCCUCUGCUCCAAAAACAAUCAGCUCGUCCUACCCGACGACAUAUCCGACAUAGAGGCGCUCAACCUGGGGAACAACUCCCUGCAAGAGUUGCCGGACGGACUGCGGUCAGCCUUCAACAAUCUGCGCAUCCUCAUCCUCCGCAGGAACAGGUUCACAGCUGUGCCCAGGGUGGUGUUUGAGCUUGGCCAGCUGUUUGAGCUUGAUAUGAGCCACAACUGUCUACGAAGCCUCCCUGAUGGUGUAGGGCAGCUCAGAGGGCUGAAGAAGCUGUGCGUCAGUCACAACAAACUCCAGAACCUUCCAGCUCAGAUCGGAGCGCUUCAGUCACUGGAAGAACUCGACAUCAGUUUUAACGACCUGCAUGACUUCCCCAGGUCCUUCACCCACCUCUCUAAGCUGCGAACUCUGGAUGCCGAUCACAACAAGCUGAACCGCUUCCCUGCGGAGAUCCUGGCCCUGGGCGAGCUGGAGGAGCUCGACCUCUCGGGGAACAAGUUUCAGGCGUUGCCAGCUGACAUCAUGAAGCUGAAGUCCACCAAUAUUCUGUGGGUCAGCAGUCUGCACAUGUCCUCCUUGCCUGACACUUUCUGUCACCUGCACAACUUGGAGAGCCUAAUGCUUGAUGGGAACAACCUCACAGUACUGCCUUCAUCCUUUGCUCAGCUGCAGCAGCUGAAAAUGAUUAAUUUGUCCUCUAACGAGUUCCAGAACUUCCCACAGGUUAUUUUAAGCAUAACGGGAUUAGAGGAAAUCUACCUGAGCAGAAAUAAAUUGACUCAUAUUCCAGAGGAAAUUGCUCACUUGGUGAAGCUGGUAAAUCUCUGGCUUGACAACAACAACAUCACCCAUCUACCCGAUUCAAUUGUUGAGCUGGAAAAGUUGGAGGAGCUCGUUUUGCAGGGUAACCAAAUAGCCAUUCUGCCGGAUAAUUUUGGGAAGCUGUCCAGGGUUAACAUCUGGAAGGUGAAAGAUAACCCCCUCAUUCAGCCUCCAUACGAGGUGUGCAUGAAGGGAAUCCCAUACAUUGCUGUCUAUCAGAAGGAGCUUGCACACUCUCAGCUUGCUGUGAAGCCAUGGCUGAAACUGGUCCUGAUGGGGACCAAAAAUGCUGGGAAAACCAAGUUGAGACACAGCCUGGUUGGAACGGAGCGGGACGUCCGAGGAACCCAGGAAAACAAAGGCAUCGAAGUCACUAAUUGGGUGGCAGACUCUGAACGCCAUCUAACAUUUUUAGUGUACGACUUGUCAGGGAACCUAAACUUUGACCUCAUUAAACCCUUUUUUCUCUCCCCCGGUGCUCUCUAUAUUCUCGUUGUCAAUCUCAAAGCUUACUCACCCAAGAACUUUUAUGCCCACGUCGGGUAUUUCCUUCACCUGCUGUGCGCUAAAGUCCCCCACGCUGUGGUGUGUUUAGUCGGCACACAUGCAGACCAGUGUGGAGCGAUGGAGGUGGAGGAGAAAACUCUGGACAUCCACAGGCAGAUUGGUCUGCAGGAGAGGACCGACACCCAGCGUCUGAGGAGCCUGGUGCAGCAGGUGGACCUUGCUCUGGAGCAAGGCUACAAGGUGCGCAUCUCUAGCCCACAUGUUCUCUUCUACGGCGUCAGUGACAGAAACCUGAUGCGCAGGAAAGCCCAGUUGCAGUACAUGCUGAACCAGCGGUUGCAGGUCUUGUCCCCGGUCCUGAGUGUUAUUUGCACAGAGACCCAGAGGAACAUCCACAGGCUGAGGGAGAAGCUCAUGUCUGUCGCCGACCACCGGGAGAUUUUCCCCAACCUUCACCGUGUGCUUCCAAAGUCCUGGCAGAUGCUGGAAGAGUUGCACUUCAAGUCCAAAGAACUGUGGCUCUCGUGGUGGAGCUCAGCCCGUCUGGGCCUGCAGGCGGGGCUCACGGAGGACCGACUGCAGAGCGCCUUGUCCUACCUGCAUGAGAGUGGCAAACUGCUCUACUUUGAGGACAGCAUCACGCUGAAGGAGUACGUUUUCCACAAUCUUCCACGUUUUAUUGCGAUUCUGAACGUGUUCUUUCAGAGGGACAAAUCCACUCUUUUGGACCGGCUGCUGUCUGAGGGGGAGAGGGGGGACAAGGGGAGAGUGAGUCUGGUUAUUGAGGAUGAGAAGGGAGAGAGCCUCAGGGUCACCCAUCUUCAGCAACACCUGGAGGGCUUCCUCCACGAUGGCCUCUUGCCCUCAAACGUCAUCCGCCUGCUCAUCAGACCCCACAUCCAGACGCAGCAGGACCUCCACCUAAUUAUGGAGCUCCUGGAGAAGAUGGGGAUCUGCUAUUGCAUCAACAAACCUCGUACCAAACCCCUGAAUGGAGCCACGGUGUGGUACAAGUUUCCCAGCUACGUCAGCAGUGAGGACGCUCGGUUGGAAGACUCAGCUGGAGGAAACUCUCUGCCAAUUAGCCCCUUAUUCUCAGUGGAACAGCUGCACAUCCAGUACAGCUUCCCUUUCCUGUUUCCUCCCGGACUGUUUGCACGCUUCAGCGUGCAGAUCAACAACCACGUGGUGCAGCGGUCAGAUGGCAGGCAUCAGAUAUUCGCCUAUCGGGGUAAAGUCCCGGUGGUUAUCAGCCACCAGCCCUCCAAGGGGAGCACGCUUGCAGAGACUCUGUCCAUCGCCAGCCACGCCUCGCUGCCUAACAUCUGGACUGCCUGGCAGGCUGUCACGCCGCUGGUGGAGGAGCUGAACAUGUUGCUGCAGGAGUGGCCUGGCCUGCACUAUUCCGUACACAUUCUCUGUUCCAAGUGCCUCAAGAGAGGGUCGUUCAACCCACACGCCUUCCCGGGUGAGCUGCUGAGCCAACCGCGGCCCGACGGACUGACUGAGAUCAUCUGUCCAAAGAACGGCUUGGAGCGGGUCGACGUGUCCCUGGUUUACCCCCCAACUCCCACAGCUACGAGCCCCAAGUGACUCCACCUCCUCCCUUGACUCCAAACCUCAGACCCGGACUCUGCCUACCAAAUACAUACCUGACCCAAUUAAUCAUCCCCCCUUCUGCUGCUCACCUGCACCAUCUCCCCUCCCACCACCAUUAUCAGCACAGCUGCUUCUGCAAACACAGAGGAACUCAGCACAUUCAGAUGGCUGCAUUGACUGUGAACUUCAGAAAACCCAGCUGACCAGAACCAGUACAUAACAUGGAGCCCCUAACCAUCACUGACUGUGGAAACUUCACUCUGGACUUCAAGCAAGGUGGAUUCUGUUUCUCUCCACUCUUCCUCCUA